AUGUUGGUCGAACUUGCAGUGACUGGUUUGCUCCGCGAAGGCAACGGUGAACAUGCCGAGAAGAUCAAACGAUUACUCGAAGUGAAAGAUGGAAGCGAGCAAGAAAUAUUUGGAAUAUGUGCUCAACUCUACUCGAUGAGUUCAUUCAUAUAUCGAGAAAUGAACGAAGUCAUGCGAUCGGAUGGAGAUGAACAACAAACGGCGUUUGUUAAAACCAAAGUGCCCACGGUCGGUCCAUUUGCGUAUCUUCUUUGGAAACUUCUACCCCGUCGUACACAAACAAUUACCGUCUAUCGAGGUGUAAAACUGUCAAACGAGCAAAUUCAACAAUACGAGAACUCUAGGAAAGCAAAAGACUGGUGCAUGUUUCCUGCAUUCACCUCGACAAGUCAAAAUAGAGAGAAAGCUCAAGACUUUGGCAGUGAAGAGACAGCUCAAGGCUUUCGCCAUGUACUUUUCGAAAUUGACAUUCAUGAGCGUGGAGCGGACAUACGAAAUUAUUCCGACUUCGAACACGAAGACGAGGUGUUAUUACCUCCUAUGUUCAUGUUCGCUGUCAUAUCGUGCGAAGAGGUGGACAAUCAGUGGAUAAUUCAUCUCAACGGAUACUAA